AUGAUGUAUGGAUCGGAGACUUGGGCAUCGUCGUCAUCGGUGAUGGAGAAGCUCAACUGCAUAGAAAGGAAGCUAUGUGGUGUACCGGCAGAAGCCGCGAAAAACCUUAACAUCUUGCCCGGUCUUCUCGGUAAAAGAAGAUCUGAGUACACUAGGCGUUGGCAAGCAGUUCAGUCGAGACUGGGAACUUUUGAAGCACUCUGCGCCUACCCAUUUUUCUAUGGCACCGGAAAACUGCAGGGAAUGGAAUGCGAAGUGUCAUAUCCUAUGGAUACUUUCGAGAGUGUAAAGGCGUACGAUCUAUGUGCCACUCUUUCUCCUUUCGAAGUCAGAUCCUACAAGUUUGGUUAUCCAACCAAGUGCCUUUACGUCAAAACACACAACUGUGAGGACAACGAAUUAGCAUUGUAUGGCAAAUGUUUGGUAGUUAAAAGCUACAGUGAGUUUUCCCCGGAUGAAUGUGGUGGCUCAUAUAAAGUACACAGUAUUGAACAUCGUGAAGAGCUGAAAUGGGUCACUGUGUUGUUAGAAUUGACUGUCGCAGAUGUGUGGAUUUCUAACAAGGGUGGAUCAGCAAAGUGGCUUAACCCAAGAUUCGGUGAAGGUACAAACGAAAGAAAUGUUGGUGAUAUGAAUAUAGCUUUACGUAUAAAAGGUGACUCAUUUGGAUCCUAUUUGAGAGGAACUGCCUUUUACGAGAAACCGUCCAAAAAACUUCCUCACCUGUGCUCAAGAGCAGCAAUGGCGUUUGAAACAACUAUUCGUGACAUCUUCAAUAUAAUCAGUAAUUUGGGGAUUCAAAGCGAAAUGGGCAGGGACAGAAGUGGAGCAAUGCGCCCGUUUUCUUUCGUUCCUCUGAUGAUACCUAUUAGAGGGGCCAAAUUCGAUCCCCAUUUGCGAGAACUUCAUGAAGCUUGCCAACUUCUCCCGAAUGGUUAUGCUGCUUCCCUCUAUGAUUAUUAUACAAAGGAAGAAUUCAGAAAAGUCCGGGCUAAAUUUCCAAGCGGAAUGUAUAGGACGACUGUAGGACGCAUGUCAUCGUACGACACACAUGAAGUUGACUGCAUGAUGUCGAAUAAGGAUUACAAAGCACACAGGAAGAGGUGGACUUACUAUGGUCCAGGAAAUUUCACUGCUUUGUCUAACGAAGAAUUUUGGGAGAAUGACAAUCCUGCUGAAAAGUGCUCCGACCUUCCGCGCACCACUGCCGGACUGCUACAGGGCUACCUGGAUAUACCAGCUAUAGCUCGUCGCCCUGUUAUCUGCACAUACGGUAACCCUCCAAAUGUUCCGCCACUCAAUCCAAAUGAUCAGUGCAACAAGGCAGCACAUUUUGAUCAUGUCAAACAACGCUGCGUUUGUAAUAAUCCAGAUGCAGAUGGUAAAAGGAAGGACCCUAAAAAAUACGCAAACUUCCCUGAGGGGAUUAUUUGUAUUGACUGCACUAAUACAACGAUCACAAGAUCAAUCAUGUUUAUACUUGACCAGAGUGGGACUGUGAAAGAAGAUGGGUGGAAGGAGCAGAAGAAGUUUAUGUUCAAAGCGACGGAGAUGAUGAAAAAUAUCAAAGUGGGAAUAGUUAUUAUCGCUGGGAAACCUUAUAUACAAAUUCCUCUCGACAAGUAUGAGAAUAAUAAAGAAAAAAUCAAGCAUUUUCUCGAGAAUGAACCAUGGAAAGACCUAUGGACUGGCAUUGGAUGGUCACUUAAACUCGCGCGGGAAUCCCUCGAGAAGGACUCAGCAGAUGAGAAGGUCAUUGUAAUGGUUUCUGACGGAGAUCAGGAUGCAUGUUUCAAUGACUAUCCGACCGAGAACUGUCCACAGGAGGUUAAGAAUAAAAUCGCGGAAUAUAAUCAAAAGUCGGAAGCAAAGAAGACAAAAGCUCGUCUUCAAGAAAGCCUUGAGGCAAUAUCCUUCAUCGACUUUUGCCCUGGCCAGACGAAGACCAGCGGAGUCUUGCCGGUGACACAGACAGGCUCCCAAACUAUUACCUGA